AAGCAACUGCAGCCGGCUGGAGAUAAAUAUGCAAGCACGCUGCCUUCUGAUUGGCUGGCGGCGCUGUCAAUCAUCGCCCUGUGGGUGGGUCGAGACGGAGUGAAAUGGCGAGCCUGUCUGUUAGCGAGCCGCAGGAGAUGGAAGUUGACAGGAGGGGCGAGUCCGAGGAGUCCGGCGACGAUGAGACCAAGAGGAAGAGUCUUAAUGGAGAGGUUGAGAUUGACGCCCAGCAGGCCUCCACAGUUCCAGAGGAGUCGCCUGUUGACAUGGACACCAUAACGCUUGACCCUAAUGAAGAGGAUGUGGAUCUGGUUCACUGUCGAAUUGGGAAGAUUGAGGGGCUGGAAGUUCUGCAGAAGGCUAAGACUCUUUCUCUCAGACAAAACCUGAUCAAAAAGAUCGAGAACUUGGAGAGCCUGGCCUCGCUGCGGGAGCUGGACCUCUACGACAACCAGAUCCGCAAACUGGAGAACCUGCAGGCCCUCACAGAGCUGGAGCAGCUAGACGCAUCAUUUAACCUCCUGAGGAAGAUCGAAGGUUUGGAUCGACUAACGAAGCUCAAGAAGCUUUUCCUGCUGCACAACAAGAUAACCAACAUCGCUAACCUUGAACACCUCACUGGCCUUCACAUGCUGGAGCUGGGGUCCAAUCGCAUCAGGGUUAUCGAGGAUCUAGACACUCUGGCCUCUCUGGAUAGCUUGUUUCUUGGCACUAAUAAAAUCAGUCAGCUACAGAAUCUCGAUGGGCUGCAUAACCUGACUGUCCUCAGUAUUCAGAGCAAUCGUAUCACAAAGCUAGAGGGCCUCCAGAACCUGGUUAACCUGCGGGAGCUCUACCUGAGUCACAACGGCAUUGAGGUUAUUGAAGGCCUGGAGAAUAAUAAAAAGCUGACAACCCUGGACAUUGCAGCGAACAGGAUAAAGAAAAUUGAAAACAUAAGUCACUUAUCAGACCUGCAGGAAUUCUGGAUGAACGACAACCAGAUAGAAAACUGGAGCGACCUGGACGAGCUGAAGAACGCCAAAGGUUUACAGACGGUGUAUCUGGAGCGAAACCCCCUGCAGAAGGACCCUCAGUACAGGCGCAAGAUCAUGCUGGCCUUGCCCAGCGUCCGGCAGAUCGACGCUACCUUCAUUCGCUUCUGACCCCAUGACCUCCGGCCCCACCCCCACCUACCAUAACCCUCCAAACAGACCUCUGAGGCCGGGUGGUCAUUUCGUGGCUGGCCGUGGGCGUCCAGGCUAGCUUCAGGUCUCGGUGGGGAUAAUGAGUGGUGUUACGGUCACAGCACUGAGAGGCGUUUUCACUCGUAUGCGGUUCAGAUCGUCUGAAUUACGAGGUCGUUAAUUAAUCAGAAUGCUAAUAUUGCUGCACUGAGCUGACAUCGUAAGGCUGGAAGCGGCACCCAAACCCCGCCCACCCCAGCGAGCUGUGGCAGGUUCAGGCUGCGGAGUGAGCGGCUGGUGUGCAGCAGUGUUGGUUUGCCUAUGGCAGGUAUGCAGCAACGUCGGCAUAUUGACUGCGUAACAACCUGGAAAUUCGGAGAACGCAGUGAAGUUUGAGGGGAAAAUGUACAUCCGACAAAAUAUUUCAGCUUUUGGAAUUGAAAGCAUCUUGUCAAGUAAAAUUGUCUUAAAUCUCGUCGGCAUAACUAACAUUUCUCAUAAGCUUGUUGUAAUAAUGCUCUGAAAUAAUUGAACGUAUUUCUGGACUAAAAGGGUCGAAAACGUUCUGCAUUUUGUUGUAUUUUAUUUUUUGUGUGGGUUCAUUUACCGAUUCAUUCUUACGUGACCUUUUUUCUACCUCUGUUUAUCCCAGGAUGCGCCUUUUAAGACCGAUAUGCAAAUGAGCUCUGCUCUGAUUGGCUGCGCUGAAGAGCUUUUCGGUCUGAAACACUCCUUAUAACUUCAGUGUGAGUGGGAGGGGCUAAACUGCUGUGGGCUGAAUAGGGGGUUAUAUCGCUGCUGUCGGAAGGAAACCUUGUAUCUCCAGUUUUUGAUGUUGGCAUAAUUUGAAAAGACUUGUUACGUUUUUACGUUGCGUAUGAAUUUCAUGAUGAAUGGAUGAAAAGAAACGGCCACUUAGAAAAAAAAUGUGGUUCCGUUGCCUUGCAUUAAAAGUAAAGCAGGCUUGUCGUUCUCCUGCAAAGUCACCAUUUAGAAGAUCGAGGUUUUCUUCCGACGACAGCGAGGUGGAAAUGCUUUUUGUGACAUCACAAAAACGGCAAAUUCAAACCAGAUUAUUUUUUCCAGCUUAGUUUCUGGAGUUGAAACCUUCCGGGCCUUUAAGUCAUUUUACCUACACUGGUUCUUCUGGUUCUUCUUUAGUAGAGACAUUGGUUCUAUAUAGAACCAUGAACACUCCAAGAACCCUUUGCAUGAUUGAAGGGUUGUGAAAGGGUUCUUCAGACCGAUGGAGAAUGAUGUGUUUUGAAAAUGGUUCUAUACAGCCCCAACAGUGGUUCUGCUUUUGCUACGACGUCAAGCUUGGAACAAUAUAAGAACCCAUUAUAAACGCGUUCUCCAUCAAUCCGAAGAACCCUUUCACGCUUGAGUGUUCAUGGCUCAGUUUAGAACCAUUUUCUUUACUGAAGAACCCAAAAGAACCGUUUUUACGAGUGUAGAGGAAUUGAUUUGUUUCAUUGGCAGAUCGUUCUGAGCAUUUGUUGGUAUAAAAUGACUGAGAACAAGUGACGAGCGUCUUGAAACGUGUAGCGUAAUCUUAUCUGGAACACGCCGACUGGAUUUAAGCUGUUUUCUUUACCAGGAGGGAGUUUUUGCGGCGUUUCUUGGUGAAACGGUGACGCUCACUGCUCAUUUUCCCCGCUGAGAACAGCAGCAGCUCAGACCUGGAGCUCCUUUAUGGACGUGUCCCCAACCACACAGUGACCCGCGACCUCGGAGGUCCGUGGAGCUUCGUAUCAGAACUUGCCUCGUGUUCCUCACGCACACUCCAGCUGCUCUUCCUCUUCCGAAACCCUGCUUCUCCUCACUCUCAGACGAAUAAUAUCACUCCACGCACUCCUGACGUGCAGACGCCCUUUACUCUCUCUCUCCAUCACGUCCCUCCACCCUGCAGCGCGGCUGAACUUGGCUUCUAACGCGCCGCCUCCUAUUCGAAUCUUCCGUUCCACCUUAAAUGCCGCGGCGUAGAACCGAAAGAUCCAUCUUUUAUAUCUGAAUCGCAAUUUAAGAGGCUCCCAAUUUUUCAGUGGCCAGAGCUGCAGUUUUCUAUUAUGGCUUACACUCUUAAAGAUGGUUCUUCAAGGUUCUUCAAGACAGUUCUUUAGUCAGUGGCAGGACAGUGGUUCUCUGUGGAACCAUGAACACCCAAAGAACUGUUUGCAUGAUUAAAGGGUUCUUUGCAUCAUGACAGGUACACCCUGACGCCUGAGGUGUGUCGGUUUUCCCGUUCCACCUUAAGUGCCGUCAGAGGCUUCUUAUUCCCAGCGACAGCAUGUAAGUGCUGAACCGUUUCGGUGGAACGGAAUAAGAAGCUAAACGCGGCUUUAACAUUUAAAGAAAUUAAAUAUUUAAUAAUUUAGUGACGUCAUCAUUAUAACAGAAGAACCAAAGGCCAGACGUGCUCUAGCGUGAACUUGUUAACAGACGAGCUUGUUACUGUGACGUGACUUUGAGCACCAGGCCUCAAAUGACCGCCUGCGAGUCCUGCAGUCUUAAGGUGGAACUGAACAUUCUAACACUGGCUGGCUAUUGAGACGUUUGACCGGCGCUAUUGUACGGAUUUCUUAAGCGUUCCUCUUUUUUUUUUUCCCCCCCCAAAAGGGAAAUAAGAUGAAAUGCACACGUACCUUUUGUGUUACGCACUUAUUUCACACGAUAGGUUAGGAUUUGAUACCGGAUCAGAGACGGUGGGCUUUUAUUUAUUUCACUUCUCCAGGCAGUACAGCCGGGAAAAAAUCCAGCGCAAGCGUUUCCUCAGGCUGUGCUCACCUGUGCAUGUAGACACGCUGGAGGACCGCUGUCAUCUCAGUUUAUCAUCCAUGUGAUCUUGUGCCGAACGCUGUAGGUGCAGGAGGAAGAGCUGAAAGCUAGAAGAUGGGCUCUUCUGUAAUCGGCGGAGUCUUGCUCGAGCUUUGGAGCCGGACCUUCUCGGUCCUCGGCCGAAAUGCAGCUAAAUUUACCGAGUAAAACUUCCGAAUCGAAUGGACCGCCGGCCGGAAAAGGUCGUUUUGAGGGUUUUAAAGCCACAAUUAAUCGUUACAGAAGCUCAUUUAAAUCCAGACUGGGCAUUUUUAUGGGAUACAAGCCGCUUCGAUUGAAUUGAACCACAUCUGUUGGUCAUUUGAACAGUACUAAUUUAAAAUUGACAUUAUUGGUGAUGGGAUUUAUUGAUUCCGGUCGUUUUAAUAGAAUAAAUGAGGCAUUAUUGGUUCAUGUAAGUGCGAUUCUGCUGAUGAAUGUGGCUUUAAUAGUGACCACAGUGAGUGAGUGAGUGGGUGGGUAUAGAUGAAGAGCGAUUAAGGCAGUAAAAUAUCGCAGAUACAUGCAAGAACUAAAGGCUUUGAUAUGCAAAUUGGAUUAAAAGUGGGGGAGGGGCUUCAGCUAGUGAAGCUUUCGCAUUAAAGGCGUCUUAAAGCGCCGGAGGUUCGGCUGGUGCUGCGUAAGAAAAGCCCGUUAGGAAGACGAAAGGAAAAAGGGACGCGUGAUUUAACGGCGCUUAAGCAGAUCCGCUGGUCUUUAAAGGAGGAGCUUGGUCCAGAAUGCUAAUGAAACCCUAGAGCAGUCAUUUGGCGUUAUGGGGCCAACUUGGGGCCUGUCAGCUUCCACUCAUACAUAAUUAGCUACGUCAGCAUGUUUGGUCGAGCGGGCCCUGCAGGGCUGUGGUACUUCAGACAUGCCAGCUCUGUUUAGGAUUGUUUCAUAUUUUAUUUUAUUUUAAUUUUUAAUUGGUUUACAAGUGCUUGGUUGACUGUUUUGAACUGAAUGUAUUAUAAACAACAAAAUAAACUUAAUUUGAAAAGUGCUGAUA